AGGAUACAGAGAUUCACUGAAGAACAUGAAACCGAUAUUUUGUGGGAACUUAGAUUAUGAUGCUCGUGAGUCAGAUAUUGAGCGGCUUUUCAGAAAAUAUGGCAGGAUUGAGAGGAUUGAUAUGAAAAAUGGAUUACUUGGAAUAUUCAUGCUCGUCCUGGUUUGUGCCCAAGGGUUCAUGUCCUUUGGUUCUCCAUCAGAACCAACCUGAUUCACCAUGGCACUACCAUCCUUCACUUUCCUUGAUUCAAUUGCAUUUACAUUCAUCAUGCCCUUUCUUCUCAAUUUCAGACAUAUUUCGACAUAGAAAUCAUGACCAUCUCAGAUCCAAUAGCAGGAUUUGCUUUCGUUUACAUGGAAGAUGAGAGAGAUGCUGAUGAUGCAAUCAGGAGGCUGGACAGAAUAGAACAUGGUAGGAAAGGUCAUCGUCUUCGUGUUGAGUGGUCCAAGCAAGAUCGCGACACAAGGAGGCAUGGAAGUCCAAGAAAGCCUGCAGCAAACACUAGACCAUCCAAAACAUUGUUUGUCAUCAACUUUGACCCCGUUGGUACAAGGACAAGGGAUCUGGAAAGGCACUUUGAACAAUAUGGUAAAAUCGCCAAUGUUAGGAUCCGGAAAAAUUUUGCAUUUAUUCAGUUUGAAACACAAGACGACGCCACUAGAGCAUUGGAUGCAACAAACAAUAGCAAGUUCAUGGAUCGCGUUAUAUCAGUAGAAUAUGCAGUUCGAGAUGAUGAUGACAGAAGGAACAAUGGGUAUAGCCCCGAGAGAAGAGGGGGACGUGAUGCCUCUCCCGAUAGGAGGUAUGGUCGAGGGCGUCUUUCGCCAAGCCCUUACCAAAGGGAAAGGGGCAGCCCAGAUUAUGGACGUGGUGGAGGUAACCCAACAACUAGGUCUGAACCUGCUCGAGCAAGUCCUACAUACAAUGGUGGUGGGGCUGAAAGCCCAAUUGACAAUAGGUACCCCAGUCGUUCCCGUUCACCGCCACCCCGAGAAAGAUCCCGAUCUGUAAGGUCCCGAUCCUAAAGAGGAUCUUAAAGAGCGAUCAAAGUUGAGUCAUUGAAAAGCCCUUUUCUCAUGUUUACUCAUUUCCUUAAUCAUCAUUUGUGGGUUUUAUUUUUCUUUUCAAAUUGGAAUUUGAGACAUUAGUUGUGUUAUUACUAUCAGUCUGUUUGGAUACUUAUCUAGUCGGAGUUUUUAGUAGUGUUGUGUGAAAUUGAUUUUUUAAAAAGAUUUUGAUGCUGUCUUAUUCA